CGUGCGUCAAUUUCUAAGUGCCAAUAUGCCAUUGCGCAUGCGCUCUGGAUCCUCCAUUCUUAUCCCGCUGCAGCAGCCAGGCGGUUGGAGAGGAGCUGUAAUUUCGACCGACUGCUGGAUUAAAACACAGAAUUCCCUGGUAAACAACCACUCUGCAAUUAACAUCUUCACUAGCAAGGAGCUCGACAUGGGCUGCCUUGGAUUGAUGCACUACUAAAUUAUGAAGAGCUGUGUUUCCAGCCCCUACUCCGUCUCCUCUUUCUACUGUACCCAUUCCCAGUGCUGCUGCUGCUGCUGCUGCUAGCCGUUUGGACACUUCAGAAAGCCCACCAGCUGCUGUCCACACACACACAGACACACACAUGGUGCAUUGCUGUCGUGCCCAAGCUUGCAUCUCUAUAUCCCAACCUCGCAGUAACCUUCCACAAACACAGGGUCAACCCCAGGGAUAAAAAUAAAGCUGUUUCUGAUUUCCAGAGCGGUCACCCCUGAGCCUUUGUUUUUUGGUGCUGCUGCUCUAGUAUACCGUAGUGAGAAACACGCAGCCCAGCAUGGAGUACUGCUUGUCACAAGUGAUGCAGAAAGACGUGGGGAAGAGGCUCCAGGUGGGGCAGGAGCUGAUAGACUACAUCUCGGACCGAGAGAAGUCUUCAGAUCUGGAGCACGACCAGACCAUGCUGGAUAGACUGGUGGAUGGGACUGCCACCUCCUGGGUAAACUCCAGCCAUUUUAAGGUGGCUUUGCUGGGUAUGGACAUUUUAUCUGCCUUAAUCAUGCGAUUACAAGAGCGCUUUAGACCCCAGAUCAGCACAGUCCUGCCAAGUUUAAUUGACAGGCUAGGCGACGCAAAGGAUCAAGUUCGAGACCAGGAUCAAACUCUGCUGCUAAAGAUCAUGGAGCAAGCUGCUAACCCACAGUAUGUUUGGGACCGAAUGCUGGGAGGGUUCAAACACAAGAACAACAGGACCAGAGAGGGAGUCUGCCUCUGUCUUAUUGCAACAUUAAAAAUAUAUGGAGCUCAAGGUUUAACACUAAGCAAAAUUGUACCGCACAUAUGUAAUUUAUUAAGCGAUCCAACGAGUCAGGUUCGUGACGGAGCAAUGAACUGCCUUGUAGAAAUUUACAGACAUGUAGGGGAGAGGGUGCGCUCAGAUCUCAGUAAAAAGGGAUUACCCCAAUCAAGAUUGAAUGUAAUUUUUGCAAAAUUCGAUGAAGUGCAAAAGUCUGGGAACAUGAUGCAGUCUUCAGAUAAGAGUGUUGAGGAUGAAGACUCUGUGGAUGGGAACAGGCCUUCCUCUGCCAGCUCCGCCUCCUCCAAGGCUCCCCCUAGUGGCAAGAAAGGGGCCAGCAUGGGGAUAGCUCGCAGACCGAGCUCUGCAGCUGGGCCCAAGACUGCAGGAAAGGAAGCAAGUGCAGGUGCUAUAGAUGAAGACGACUUCAUUCGGGCGUUUGAUGACGUUCCACCUGUACAGAUCUAUUCCAACAGAGAGCUUGAAGACUCCAUGAACAAGAUCAGAGAAAUCUUAUCGGAUGACAAACAUGACUGGGAGCAGAGAGUAGUUGCUCUGAAGAAGGUUCGCUCUUUGCUUCUGGCCGGUGCUGUGGAAUACGACGGCUACUUACAGCAGCUGCGUCUUCUGGAGGGAGCCUUCAAGCUAUCGGCUAAAGAUCUGCGCUCACAAGUCGUGAGGGAGGCUUGCAUCACCCUGGGGCAUCUCUCUACAGUUCUGGGAAACAGAUUUGACCACGGUGCUGAAAGCAUCAUGCCAACUCUCCUUAAUCUAGUUCCGAACAGUGCCAAAAUCAUGGCUACAUCUGGCAUAGCGGCUAUAAACCUCAUCAUACGUCACACACACUACCCCAGGCUGAUUCCCAUCAUGACCAGUAACUGCACAUCGAAAUCUGUAGCUGUUAGAAGGCGCUGCUACACAUUUCUAGACCUGCUGCUCCAGGAAUGGCAGACGCAGUCAUUAGAGAGACACCUGCCGGUCUUGACUGAAACAAUUAAGAAGGGCGUCCACGAUGCAGACUCCGAGGCCAGAUCGGUAGCAAGAAAGUGCUACUGGGGAUUCCAUGGUCAUUUCAGUCGGGAAGCAGAGCUCCUUUUUCAUAACUUGGAGUCUUCUUACCAGAAAGCCCUGCAGUCUCACCUGAAGAACUCGGACAGCAUCGUCUCCUUGCCUCAGUCAGACAGGUCCUCCUCCAGCUCCCAGGAAAGCCUCAACCGUCCUUUGUCUACGAAGCGGCCCCCUGCGGGAAGCAGCGUGUCCAGAGCAUCAGUAGUCGGUUCCAAGUCUGUGAGCACCCCCGGAUCCCUGCAACGCUCUCGCAGUGACGUGGAUGUGAACGCGGCGGCCAGCGCCAAGUCAAGGAUGACGGCAGCUCCCAGCGCCACACCUUUCAGCACUGCGGCUGCCCUGCCCCCGGGCUCCUACGCAUCUUUAGGUGGUACACCCGCUAAAUCAGAGGGCCGAGUGCGCACCAGGAGGCAGAGUUCUGGCAGUGCUGCGGGGGGCAGCACAACUCCAGCGGACAACCGGGGCCGCACCCGGGCCAAGGUCUCCCAGUCUCAACGAUCCAGAUCGGCUAACCCUGCUGGUGCGGGCAGUCGCUCCGGCUCUCCAGGGAAGCUCCUGGGGCAGUCAUACAGGAGAGCUCAGCGGGGCGCCUUGGUGUCCACUCCCUCAGAGAAGAGAAGCAAGAUCCCUCGCAGUCAGGGCUGCAGCAGAGAGACCAGCCCCAACAGACUGGGAUUAGCCCGGAGCAGCCGUAUCCCUCGACCCAGCAUGAGUCAGGGGUGCAGCCGCGACACCAGUCGUGAGAGCAGUCGAGAUACGAGCCCUGCUCGGGGCUUCACUGCACUGGCUUCCAGGCGUCACUCCAGGUCCACCAGUGCUCUCUCCACUGCUGAGUCUGUCGGACAGCCAGAUCGGUUUGGGCUGUCCCAUCAAGCCAGGAUUUCUGCUUCAGUGAACGCCAUGCAGUUUCUGCGUGUCAGUACAGAGGUGGAGGCUGCAGUCGCUGAUGCACUGCUGUUAGGAGACUCCAGGAAUCAGAGGAAGCCAGUGCGGAGGAGGUUUGAUCCCCCGGGCAUGUACUCCGACGACGAUGCUAACAGCGACGCGUCCAGCGCCUGCUCCGAGCGCUCCUACGGGUCGAGGAACGGGGGCGUCCCUCACUACCUGCGGCAGACCGAGGACGUGGCCGAGGUCCUCAACCACUGUGCCAGCUCCAACUGGUCUGAGAGGAAGGAGGGGCUUGUGGGCCUGCAGAAUCUACUGAAGAGCCAGAGGACACUGAGCCGUGUUGAACUGAAAAGACUUUGUGAGAUCUUCACCAGAAUGUUUGCCGAUCCUCACAGCAAGGUAUUCAGCAUGUUCUUGGAGACCCUGGUUGAUUUUAUUACCAUCCAUAAAGAGGACCUGCAGGACUGGCUCUUUGUGCUGCUGACACAGUUGUUAAAGAAGAUGGGUGCUGACUUGCUGGGCUCUGUGCAGGCAAAAGUGCAGAAAGCGCUGGAUGUCACCAGGGACUCCUUCCCUUUCGAUCAACAGUUUAACAUUCUGAUGAGGUUUAUAGUCGAUCAAACACAAACGCCAAACCUCAAGGUAAAAGUUGCAAUCCUGAAGUAUAUCGAGUCUCUGGCCAGGCAGAUGGAUCCCACUGACUUUGUGAACUCCAGUGAGACUCGACUGGCUGUUUCUAGAAUUAUAACCUGGACAACAGAACCAAAGAGCUCUGACGUGAGAAAGACCCUUCAUAACUGGGUGACUGAUGAGUUGCCUACCAGGUCCAGUACCACCCCUUCAGUGCCUGGGGAAGGAAAUCUGGAAGAAAGGUGCAAGCAGGCUGCCCAGGUGGUCCUGAUUUCUCUCUUUGAGUUGAACACCCCCGAGUUCACCAUGCUGCUGGGUGCCUUGCCAAAAACAUUCCAGGACGGUGCCACCAAGCUCCUGCACAGCCACCUGAAGAACUCCAGCAACACCAGCGUGGGCUCUCCUAGCAACACGAUUGGACGAACCACCUCACGACACUCCAGCAGCAGAACCAGCCCCCUCACCUCGCCAACCAACUGUUCCCAUGGGGGACUGUCGCCAAGUCGCUUGUGGGGUUGGAGUGCUGAUGGGCUGUCCAAGCACCCCCCUCCCCCCGCUCAGCCUCACUCCAUCCCUGCUGCACCCCCUCACAGGGCCUUCAGACGCUCUUACUCUCCCAGCAUGCUGGACUACGACACUGAGAACAUGAACUCGGAUGAGAUCUACAGCUCGCUGCGCGGAGUGACGGAAGCCAUCCAGAGCUUCAGCUACCGGAGCCAGGAGGAUCUGCACGAGCCAAUCAAACGAGAGGGAAAGAAGGACGAUGGAGUGUGCAGAGAGGGUGGGAUGGUGUCUCCGGUGACAGAUCUUCGUGUCGGCAUCGAUGCGGUGGAAGGAGGGAGAACAGCUCUCGAUAACAAAACCUCUUUACUCAACACGCCUCCCCCGCGCUCCUUCUCCGGGCCCCGGAGUCGUGAAUACAACCCUUACAACUACACAGACACAAUCAGCACCUACGACAAGAGCGCUCUCAACGAGGCUGUGUUCGAUGAUGAUAUGGAGCAGGGCCGUCGCCAGGACUGCGUUGAAAACAAGAUGUUGCAUCCCAAGGGUUUUACACCUGUUCCCAUCGACCACUCAGACCUGGUGGCUGACCUCCUGAAGGAGCUGUCCAAUCACAACGAGCGUGUGGAGGAGCGGAGGGGCGCCCUGCUGGAGCUCCUGAAGAUCACCCGCGAGGGCAGCCUGGCCGUGUGGGACGAGCACUUCAAGACCAUCCUGCUGCUGCUGCUGGAGACGCUGGGAGACAAGGAGCACUCCAUCAGAGCCCUGGCACUGCGUGUAUUGAAAGAGAUCCUGAGGAACCAGCCGGCACGGUUCAAAAACUACGCAGAGCUCACAAUCAUGAAGACACUGGAGGCACAUAAGGAUUCCCAUAAAGAGGUUGUGAGGGCUGCGGAGGAGGCAGCUUCCACUCUGGCCAGCUCCAUUCACCCUGAACAGUGCAUCAAAGUGCUGUGCCCCAUCAUCCAGACGGCCGAUUACCCCAUUAACCUGGCUGCUAUCAAAAUGCAAACAAAGGUCAUUGAGCGCAUUUCAAAGGAGAGUCUCCACCAGCUCCUCCCAGACAUUAUCCCUGGAUUGCUUCAGGGCUAUGAUAACACAGAGAGCAGUGUUCGCAAGGCCAGUGUCUUCUGCCUGGUAGCCAUCUAUUCAGUAAUUGGAGAAGAGCUGAAGCCACACCUUGCACAGCUCACUGGAAGCAAGAUGAAGCUGUUGAAUCUGUACAUCAAGAGAGCCCAGACCACCAACAGCAACAGCAGCUCCUCCUCGGACGUGUCGACUCACAGCUAGCAGAGCAGCGUGGGACUGAAACCUCGUCCGGCAGGAUUGGAUCGCAGAGCUGCGCCUCCACAGACCUUUCUGCUCUUGUGUUAACAUCAGCACACUCCUUUGUACAAAGCUAGGGGAAAGAUCCUAUUGCAGUCAAUGUUUCAAACGCUUCUCCUCUUUUCUGUGUAGCAUUCUUUAGCUUUCUCUUCUUCUUUUCAGUCCCCUUUCUUAGAGCCAUGAAUGUAAACGAGGCCCGAGUAAGUGUCGAAUCGUUUUUUUGUUUUGUUUUGUUUUUUAAUGUAAGCGCUAAUUUUCACAGGAUUUUGAAAUACGGAAGUUUCACAUUGUAUAUUCAAGUCAGUCAAUUUCUGAUAUUUGAGCGAAGGUAUAUUUUAUUUCAUUUUUUUUUUAUAUAUAUAUAAAUGAUACGGCCAACAAAAAAUGUUUUAUUUGCUCUUCACUUAACAUUAUUUAGAAAUAUUCACAUUUUAAUUUAAUUUUAAUUUUUAAAUUGCAACCCGAAACAAAGCUGCUUGUCCGAGGAUUUGAGAGGUAGAAGUAUUAUUUAAAUUUGAACUGCGAUCUGAAAUGAGGUAACCAAUGGUCCAGCAUUUCCACAAGGUCCUUAUUGAAUAUCCAUUCUUGCAAAUCAUUUUACAUGUUUAGAUAGGGAGGGGAGGGACAGACAUGAACUGAUUAGGAUUAAGCAUUUUAACCUUCAACAGAAAUUCCAGUUAACACUUUGAGAUCAUUGGGCAGGCUCAGUGGUACUGUAACGGAAUACUGAACUGAAGGCAACACACUGUAUUGCUGAUGUUUGGGCACAAUGACAUUACCAAGCAUGUUUGCUUUUUACUGAUUCUGAGGAAGCUUUGACUACAUUAGGGUGGCAUCUUGUUUUUUUAAACAGCUGAUAUAUUGAAGGACCAGUAUUGCACAGCUCUUAACAUUGUUUUGGGGUGCACAGGGCAGUUUGAAAAGAACAAUGCUUUGGUCCAAAGUGUGCUCAGUAAAAUGCUUUACAGGUUGUUCUUUUUAAGGCCAGUGGAAGCAUGUUGUUGUUUGUACUGUUAGUUCAACAUGUCGUGGCAGCUUGAUGGGUUCUAGUAUUUGGAAUUUGACGUGCUGGCCAAUUGGAGGGCUGUAAGAAGACAUACGGCUGUUGGAUAUAACAGUGUGUGUGUGUGUGUGUGUUUAUUAUUGUUUUUACUUUGAUUCAUAUUUGAGAUUUCUUUGACGUGGUCAUCACUGAUCACAUUUCCAAUUGAAAAGACAUCAAUCUGUAUUUUAAGAGAAACAAUGAAAGGCUAAAUUAGAAACAAUAACUUUAUAUUUAUCCCCAUAACAGUAAAUAAUAAUAAUAAUAAUAAUAAUAAUUAUUAUUAUUAUUAAUAUUAUUAUUAUUAUUAUUAUUAUUUAUUUCUUAGCAGACGCCCUUAUCCAGGGCGACUUACAAUUGUUACAAGAUAACACAUUAUACAUUAUUUCACAUUAUACAGAUAUCACAUUAUUUUACAUACAAUUACCCAUUUAUACAGUUGGGUUUUUACUGGAGCAAUCUAGAUAAAGUACCUUGCUCAAGGGUACAACAGCAGUGUCCCCCACUGGGGAUUGAACCCACAACCCUCCGGUCAAGAGUCCAGAGCCCUAACCACUACUCCAUAAUAAUAAUAACAUAAUAAUAACAAAGUUUUCAUGUCAAGUUAAAUAUUAAAGGAGGUUCAACUGAGCUACACUACAAAUCCCAAAAUGCAUCUAUUAUUUUUACACUGGCUAGAUGUACUGUAAGUCAAUGCACUGAAUAGUUAACAAAUAUACCCAGAUUUCAGCCACCUACCAGGCACUAUCAAUACCACAACGACACACACACACAUUUAUAUAUGGUUGAUGAUAUCCUGCUUUAAAAUACUAUACCUACCUAAUGGUGCAUAUACUUUAUUGGAUGUUCUGGUACAUUUUGGGGUGGACAGUAAAGACAGGCCUUACCUUCAUGUCAAAGUACUGUUUCAAUACAAUGACUGUGAACUGAAUGAACGCACAGCUAUGUGUAUUAUUGCUGUUAUUUGUUUGUGUUUUUGUAAAUACCCAGUGCAGUUAACCCAAUUCGUUGGAUCGAGUCAUGUUUUACAUUUUAGUAAAACCCUCGUGCUCUGCUCCCUGGAGUGGAGUUUCUUUUGAAAUCAAAGCAGUUAUCAGUCGAUCAAAGAUCAAUUGAUCAUUUUGUACGUUGUUUAAAAUAAAAAAAAUCCACAGCUUUUACAAUCUUGUCGGGAAGCAAAAAGGUCUCUUCCUGCCCUGGAGAGCCGGUCCUUGUUCUUUUGCACGUUAGCAGUAUCCACUACCUGCAUGUUUCAGUGCCAUCCCCUGUGCUGUGACUGAGAGGAUUUAAAAACUACUCAACAGUCAGUCCAGUCGCCCAGAGCACAGAGACUUACUUCCUACUGCAUUUCAAAAUACAUCUGAAAUCUAGUCGCCACUGGUUACCAGGAUUUAGAAUCUUUGUGCCCAUUGUUCCACAGACUGCAUGAGUGUUCUAUGAAAGAACAGAAAUGUUGUAAACACCCAGUGGUUUAAAAGUCCUCUCUAGUUCUCAUGUAGUGCAACAUAUUGAGGCAUGUGGCUUUUUGCAAAGGUACACUAUGUGUGCUUGCCCUGACUGGAACUGACCGUACCUUUUUUUUUUUUUUUUUUAAUCGCUUACUACUAACAGCUUAUUAAGACCAUGUAUAAGUAAUUUGCCUUUGUCAUAUAAAAACCUGCUUCCCUUUGCAGAUGAGAAUCAAUGAAAUGUCUACACAGGGGAAAGAAGCCCGAUUUUUUUUUUUUCUUUUUUUAAAUCAGCAAGUCUUUGCUAAACAUAAUGUUUAACUGUUCCUCUAUUCUGCAGAUGCAUCAUGCCUUAGAAAUGGGAUUUCUAGCAGAGUGUUCACUGCGCUUGCUUUUGUCAUGUAAAAUCCAUGUCUGUAUUUAUAUUAUUUGUUUUAUUUUGUGUAUUGCGUCGACUGUACAGAUAAUGACAUGGUUUUUGUUAACAUCCACAUGUGAUAGAAUUUGCUAAAAAUAUACACUUGUUUGCUCUAGAAAUAAAACCAACUUCAAAAGGUA